AUGCAAACCGUCAAUCCCAUCGCUAUCUGUUUAGCCACCAUCGCCAUUGCUAUUGCCCAGCUUGUAAAAUUGUUCAGGCAAGCAAAUGACCCGAAAGGUGUUCCGGGACCGACUCUAUUGCCGUAUAUCGGCCGCAUCCAUGAUCUCCCUAUACAGUUUAUGUGGAUAAAGUUCAAGGAAUGGGCGGAUGAGUAUGCUGUAGAUGGAUUCUAUAGGACUGAGAUGCUCGGAGCCAAGUUUCUUGUCAUCUCAGACGAGAAAGUUGCAGAAGACCUGCUCGUCAAGAAGGCCAGGUUCAAUUCCGAUCGCCCUGCUAUCACAUCUUUAUUUGACCCAAAGAGCACAUUCGGUUCAAUGGAAUAUUUGCCGCUCAUGGGGAAGAACAAAUAUUGGGCUCGACAGAGGCGACUUGCACAUGCAUAUUUGACGGAUGCAGCGAAUGAUCAGUACCGUGGCUUGAUUUACCAUGAGUCAAAACGCUGGCUUUCCAGGUUGAUUGAGGACCCGGAUGAUUUCGGCUCUUCUCUUGAGGACAUGGCAGCCAAGAUAACAUGCCAGCUCACGUGGGACGACCCCACCGUCAGUGAGUAUUUGACCAAGAGUGCCUGGAAGCUCCUCACUCAGAUAUCCCCGGCCGGACCUAUCACAAAUAUCUUGACGCCUUUGUGGGAUUUGCCCUUGCCGCUGAAUCCGUGGAAGCAGGCGGAGAAAAGGCGCCACGAUGAAUUGCAUGCCUGGUGGAUGGAAAGACUCGUUACCACCCGCCAGAGAAUGGAGAAAGGCGAGCAGCGCCCGUGUUAUACCAGGCAUUUCCUGGAGAAAGGGAUCAAUGCAUACAAUAUUUCGGGUGAUUACGAGGCUUCUUCAGCCUUUGGAAUGCUAGCGCUAGUAGGCAUCUUUACUGUCGGUGGUCCCCUUGGAUUCUACCUGAUCGCGAUGGUCCAUCAUCCAGAUUGGCAGGAAAGAGUCCAGAGAGAAGUUGAUGAGGUCUGCAAGGGGCGUUUACCGACUCUCGAAGACAAACCAAGCCUGCCGAUCUUGCGCGCCUGUAUCAAAGAGACCAUGAGAUGGAGACCCAAUGUACCAACAGGGGUUGCCCACGAGAUGGAAGCGGACGACGUCUACAAAGGCUACUUCCUCCCGAAAGGAACGCGGAUCCUACCUUUGGACUGGGCAUUCCUUCGCAAUCCCUUGAAAUACCCUGACCCAGACAACUACCGCCCUGAAAGAUGGCUGGAGCCAGAAUGGCCCACAUACCAGGAGCCAUUGACUACUUUCCCGAGACUCAAGGGGAUGACAUCUUUCGGAUGGGGACAACGACAGUGUCUGGGCCAAAGCCUCACAGAAGAUGAGUUGAUAGUCGCAUGUGGUGCGCUGGCCUGGUGCUUUAACUUGAAGCACAAAAAGGACCCCGAAACCGGGCGGCCUCUUCCUGUGCCGGUGAACAAGACCAACUCGCUACUUAUCCUCAAACCAGACCCCUUCCAGAUGGCCUUUGAGCCCCGGAGCGAAGCGCGCAAGCAGGAAGCCCUUCGCCUCUGGAGAGAAUCUGAAACCAAAGACGCUCAAGAUAGGGCAGCAUUUUUGAAUGCGACAAAGCAAAGCCAGUCAUCUUAG